AUGGCCACGACGGCGAGCACUCCGCUGGACCCGCCGGUCUCGUCUGAGGCUGCACCAUCGAAGGAGAAGCUGCCUGCGACAUGGCACCUCGCCAGCGGAGCGGCGUCGGGCGCAGCCAGCGUCCUCAUCUUGCAACCCCUCGAUCUGAUCAAGACGCGAGUACAACAGGAACCCUCGAAAACCGUCGCUUCGACGUCGCGGAUCGCAGCAACUGCCGGAGGAGGGGGAGCGGCGGUGUUGCAAGGUGAAGCCGUUCAGGCAACGAGGGCGCAGAUUGCACGGGCGAAGAUCUGGAGUACCACGAAGGACGUUGUGCGGGCGGAUGGAGUGCGCGGACUGUGGCGAGGGACCGUACCGACCUUGUACCGUAACGUCCCCGGUGUAUCGCUAUACUUCUUGUCCCUCUCCCGACUGCGCGACUUUGUCGGCAAGUCGUCGCUCUUCCGACCAAAAGGCGCUCCGACAAAUUCGCCAGGCGGCAAGAUCAAGCUUACGCCCAUAGGCGACCUGCUUGUCGGCAGUACGGCACGGACAGCCGUUGGAUUUGUCUUGACGCCCUUCACCCUGCUCAAGACCAUAUCAGAGUCUACAUUAUCUAUUCCUUCCUCCGCCACCACAUCACGACCAUCCACCUUUACCGCUCUCCGAACCCUCUACUCGACUGGCGGCCUGCGAUCAUUGUGGCGCGGAGCCGUACCAACCGCACUACGAGAUGCGCCUGGCGCUGGGCUGUUCAUCGUCUUCUACGAGCGAGGACGGCGGAUACUCGGUGUCAGCGGUGACAAGGGGAAGGGCGCUGUCGGCGGUGGACUCGCUGGCGCCUCCGCUUCUCUCGCCUCGACACUCUUGACAACCCCCUUUGACGUCCUCAAAACCCGAAGACAGCUCUUCCCACAGCAAUACACAUCUCUCUGGUCCUCUAUCGCGCUAGUCUACCGAAGAAGCGGCCUGCGAGGCUUCUGGGAAGGCGGAGGACUGCGCGUUGUCCGGAAGGCAGGGAGCGCGGGGAUCGGGUGGGCAGUGUAUGAGGCGGUUGUUGUUGGUCUGGGCGAGAAGAGGAUGAAGAGCCAGCGGGAAAAGGCGUUGGCACGGAGCGGAGGAGGGUAG